GCUCUGGCCGUUAAACAAACACUAGAGCGGGGACAAUCAUGCGUCAUCUGGAUGGAUACUGCGAGUUGACCGCAAGGAGAUUCUUUUCUGCCGGAGAGGUUGACGCUAGUGGUGAUUUCCUGCAAACUUAUUCUGGAAAGAGAGCCAUGAAUAUUUAGGUUUGUCCACAACGCGAUUGCUUGUUCGACCAUGGAGUGCAGCCUUUAUUGCCAGAUCUGUUGCAAAAGAUUUGAAGCGCUGCAUCAAUUUAAGCAACAUCUGACUUUAAAAGGACAUAAACAGAUGCUUCGAGAUGUUUUCCAAAAAGAAUUCAUACCCUGCACUUACCGGAUACCCUACAUUGUAUUUGUGGCUCCAAAGUGCAAAAGCUUUGAGUUUCAGAGAUCUGCUGUUGGCCUGUCUCUGAUGACUCUGUGUUUCAGUCAAAAGCCUGAUUUAAGUUUUUACCUCUGCCAUGUUUGUAAAGAUACAUACACCAUGGACACAAUUUUAUGCCACACAUUUUCACAAAGCCAUUGCUUUCACUACUUUGUAUAUGCAAACCCAGAUUAUUUGAGUUUCUCCUGGAAACCCGACUUGGACAUGGCGACCGUUCUGGGGUGGAAGCUCAAAAGGGAAAGCAGAAAAUCUGAGCUUCAAACCUUGCGGUUAUUGCAUUUACCCCCACCGCUCAUUAAGAAGCUCAUGUUAUCAACCUACUCAGAAGUGAUGCAAACCUUAUGUGAAAAUGGCAAACUUCUUGAGAGGUUUGAAGCUAUGCACCAAAACAAGGUGACUCUUCAAGGUUACCACAGCAACCACAACAGACAGCAUCCGCUUCUUGGACUGCAGCACAUUGUUGAAUGCGUUUCUUCUGAACCAGAACAGAAGUACUACCUCUGCACACUGUGCCAGCUUGUGAUUCCCAGCCACACGAUCAUCGGACAUUUACUGAGCUCUGACCACGUACACUUGUAUUUUGAAGAAUGGCAUCCCUCAACACUGACUUCAAACGAGUUGGACAGGAAUAGUUUCCUGCUUGAUUGUGCAAAGCAAGCUGAGAAAAUUCAUGCUGCUGAAAAUGUUUCUGUGCAGCAAGUGAAGCUGCAGCCCGAUGUCUUCAAGUCGGUGAAUUUUGAUUCCUAUUCAGAAGCUUUGAAGAGCCUGGAAUCUGUCACAAAGAGAUGCUUAACUGUAAGCAUUAAACCAGGCGACAAGAUUGAUCAUUCAGUCUCUGCUCCUUCAACUAAGGAUGUCAAAUGCAUGGUGCACUGCCAGAACUGCUGUAAAAGUUUCUCCACAAUGUUCAAGUACUUGGAGCAUUUAACAAGCAAAGAACACAUAAGGGUGAUGCAGGGAAUUUCUCAAGAUUUCACAGGACAUUUUUAUGACCGAGGAAGGUUCUACAUAAGCCUGUACACGUACAUCAACGAGUCUUUAAAGAGAAAUAUGCCACCUGUCGGAACAUCUCUAGUUACGACGUGCCUCACCUCGGUUUCUAAAGAUGAUCCAUUUUAUCUGUGCUUCGCCUGUCAGGAUUGGUUUUGUCAGGCUGACAUCCGGAAUCACUUUGAAUCCCGAAAGCAUCUCAUAAGCACUCAGUUGUAUCAGAAUCCCUGGCUGCUGCCUUUUGGCUGGGACGGAGACCUGGACGACAGGACCCUGAGGUGGACGGCAUGGAAGGAGGAACAUAAUGGAGGCCGGAUCUUCUUGAAGAUUUUUGACGUUCCACACUCAGUAUUUCAGUGGCUACUGACAGACACUCGCUACGAACAAGUGUUUCACAGCCUUCAAGUGCGGUAUCGUGGUUUUAUGCAUAGAGUUCCACAGAGGAAGACAUUCUGCAAACAUAAAUGGAAGGAACAGUUUCCUCUGCUAGGCCAAGAGUUCCUCGCUCUCCACUACGUGGCCGUCGCACCGAACGAGGAGGAUGUGGGAUGCCUGUGUUUGCUCUGUGAAAGGAGGGUGUACAAAAACGAAAUCGAAGCCCACGUUUUCAGUCGGGAACACGUAUCAACGUUUCUGGACUGUUUUCAUCCGGGCUCACUGACUUCCUGUGCUGUCGACGCUGAAACGCUUCUGGAUUUGGCAAAGCAGGCAGCAAAGCUUCACCCUCUGUCUUGCAUGCAGAAAAUUUCCUUGGACAAACCAUUGUGGGAUUCAUGCAGUUACGAAGAAGCAAAGAUGUUCUUGACAAAUGCAAAGCAGAUAACGGAUAAUGAAAAUCUUGUACCUCCAAUAAACCCAAUGCGGAAACUGGUUUCCAGGAUCCCUCCGAAACCCACUAACAAACAGCAAAAGACAGAGGACCAGAAAACAUGCACCGCCCCUAACACGAAAGAAAAAGGCCUGAAUCAAGAAGAACGACAUAGUGCCAAGGAGGCACUGUCGAGAGAAACCAAAGAAGGAUCUCAAAAAGUGUGUCUGAAGGACUUAAAAAAUGAAGGAGGGACAGUCCUGCCAGUGAAGUUGAGCACAGAAGAGGCUAUGACUGAAAACCCAAAGGAGAAGGUCGUGGAGAGCCACAGAAACACUGAAGAGAAUAACGGUGCUUCGACUAAACCAGAAGGCAGCUCAAGUAUCAAACCGGAAGCAACCCAACAACAAACGAACAAGAGAAAAAUGCCAGUGACUCCAGAUGAAGCCAGUGGAAAUGGAUGCAAAAUGAGCCCAAAAAGACAGCGGCUCGCCUCCGACGAGUCGCGUUUUGAAGAAUCCACCAAAAUGUCACACAAAAGUGGCACAAAAGUGACAAACACAAAUGCAGCUGAUAAGGAAGAGGAUCACAAGAAGGUGGUUUGUUAUUCCAAUGAGCGAGGCGCAGCCCCAGACACAUCCGAUAAAAAACCCACAAGCAACACAGAUCAACGGAAAUCGUCCCUCUCUGAGAACUCCCACACUUCACCUGUUCCCAAAAGUAACAAAGAGCCCGCCGACGGGAGAAGCGGUGGUGGCUCAAGUCCUCGAAGCGCAAACGCAAAAUAUAAAGCGGACGUUUCUCCAACCAAAAUGAAAUCAGUAACGUUUGAAGCGGCUACAAAAUCUGAAAAACCGAGUGCCGUUCCUUCCACUGCUCUAACGAAUACAUUGAAAUCUACCGCAGGCCCUUCCACACAGACAAAAACCGCUUCCACCACUUCAAAAACAUCCACUCCACAGUCCCAGACAGCGUCCAUGGCACCAAAAGGUCAAACGCCAUCUAAAGAAGCAUGCGGCGCUGCAUCCUCGUCCGACACUGGAUCUGCAGCGACACUUAAACACAAACAUCCUCUCAAAUCCAAAGACACGGCAGCGCCUAAGACUAAGGAAGCAUCAUCUGCCGCUUCUGACAUGGCUAAACCACAAGUCAUAAACGUAAAUACUAAACCUUCUGUAAAGACAUUGACGAGGGGAAACCCGGACUCUGAAACGGCCGCUUGCAAGAGGAAACCGCCGGCCUCCCAUCACCCGAAACCAGAAGAAACCAAGAAGGUACGGAAAGACCUGCCUCAUAACGCAUCGAGUAAGACAACGCCUGGUAGAAACCUUCCUAAAGUUGGAUUGAACUACCUGGUUGUGGUGUCCUGUGAGCGAAAGCAGCAGGUCUUCUGUCUGUUGUGUUCACUCAGACUGAAUACAUCCAGCCAUCCGAGCAACUCGGUCCACCAGUACAAAUAUGUGAAAAUGAAAUAUCCUGAAUGGUCUGUGAAGGAGAACAUGGAAAACGAGUUAAGCCGCAUCAUUCAUAAGUUGGCAAAUGUUGACAAAGAGUUGCCUCACACUCAGAUUGUUCAGAGAUUGGAGGUGAAAACGGAAGAGUACCAAACACUGAGAAAACUCCCAGACCACUUGGCUAUAGAAACCGUGAAAACACUGUUGAAGCAAAGAGACCUGAAGGCGCCAUCGUCUCGCUCGGUCGAUGACACGGAGCAUCCUCCCAAGGGCAUUUCCAGUCCCUGUGACGUUUCAAGCUCAGGUGAUUGGAUCCCAGCGUUUCACGAUGAAAUGUCAGACUCUGCAGACGACCAUCAAUUCUGGGCAAGCCCGGACCAAGCGUCGGAAAUUGAGUGCGUCGAUGAAGAUGACGCAGCCGUGUCUGCAGGCCAGUCGUUGAGCGAAACGAGCUCGGAUGAGGAAGACGUGCAAGUGGUUGAAGAGAUCCAGGAUGAAGCCAUGCAAACCCAGGAUCCACAACAAGUUUUGGAUCGAUGUGCUCAAGCUGAACAUACGGCAGAGACGAUCCGGAAAAGUGCAGAAAGGCGUCGUCCAGCUGAGUUACAGAGACACCAGAGCUCAAGUGGAACUCCCCAGCAGAAUCAGCUGAUGGUGCAAGAUGACAGUCGGCCUCGUCGUGAAGUCGCGUUUUCGAGAGAGAGCCUGCCACCAAGUGUGGAAACGACGUCCAAGAAUCAAGAUAAUCGUCUAACUUCAGUAAGACAGCGGUUGAAGAGUGAUGCAGCUUUCCAGGAGCCGCAGAAAGCGGAGAAAGUGUCGCCUGCGAGAGUGUGCCGUUCCGGACCGGAAGUCACGGCAGGGCAGCAGAACCAAUCGGGCCACAAAGCCGAACCAGAUCCUGCGCUUCACUUACGACCUGAAGAGCGCAGUUCUUCACAGGCAAUCUCCACUGCUUUGUCUGGAAAAAAUGUUCUACAAUCCAGUGAUUUGCAAAUCUUCCUGACGGCAAGUAAUCAGGAUCCCAAAAAGGUUGCUGGCAGGGCGUACGUGUGGGAGUGUCAUAGUUCAUAUCAGAAAACCUUCCUGUGCGAAACCUGUGAAGAGAUGCUCUCAUCCCGAGAUAUCUGUCAGCACAUGGUCAGCCUCAACCACCAGCUCAAAUUCUUGUGGAGGGAGGACCAAAGGUUCCUGGACAUGUUUUGGCUACAGGAUGACUUACCUCUGGACUUUAAAAAUCAGGUUUUAAUGAAUGUUAUCCAAGAACUGUCAAAGCGGGAGAAGGCUCUUAAUGUUAAACCAAAGUGCAUAUGGCUGAGACCUGAGGACCACAAAUUUCUCCUAGCAGCUCCUUUCAGUAAAGCAUUAGAACUUUUGAAGAGCAUCAGAGAUGAAGAUUUGAGUGAUUUUCAUCCAUCUGGCUCUGCUGGCCAUCGGCGUCACAAGAACGCUGAUCAGAAUCCAGGUAAAGCACAGCCUAAAGAGCCAACCCCGGCUGAAAGCUUUGAUGCUGCUGGAAGUGGAAGAACCUCAGGGACGGACGUAAUCUCUUCCUCUUCAAAGAAUGACCAUGUGGUCCUUCCAGACCCAAAUGUUGCUGCACAAAACCUGAGGCCUCUAGAAGUGAAUCCUCCAAACUCAAAGGUUGAUCCUGUUGUUCCUUCAAGCUCCACUGUUGUAGAUCUCAGUCUAGAGCCCUGCAGUAGUUCUCUCCGGCCACACUACACAUCAUCCGUCUCUCAGAUUGGAGGAACCCCUUGUCCUCAAGAGCUGAAUGCUCCUUACUCGAGACAUAAAACUGUUGUUCCUUCAGGUCCCCCACAUCCCAAACCAAACACAUUUAGUGGUGAUCCUCUACAGCCAGGAUUCAAUCCGGGGGUGUCUCCGCUCAGACGAAACUCUGAUCCUCUUGACAUGAGCUCCAACUCAGUAACUGACCUGAUUCCUUCAAACUCUACAAAUCUCGAUCAACCUAUCGGCAUUAUAAACUCUUCGCGUCAAGAUUUCUGGCAAUUUGUUUCAAAGCUAGUCUCUAUGUGCAAGACUUCCAGUCAGCCAGCUUUACAUACUGCUGAAAGGAGAGAGGGUAUGAAGAUGAGCCAGUCACUUGUUCCUCAAGAAAACGCUUUAGUUCCCACCACUGACCUCAACGAGCCACACAGGUUACACAUCAGUGUUCCUAAGGAGAUCAGCAGAGUAGGGAUUGAUCCCAGUCAGACUGGGAUCAAUCAGCUGCCCAUUAAUACCAUCAUAACCUCCAGGUCCAGCCACAUUAAGCAGACGUUCAAAGGCCAAACUCGCACUGACGUGAGCAGACGGCAACAGCCGCCAACACCGAGCCACACUGAGACCGUGGCAUCUCCAGGAGGCGUCAACCCUUACAUCCAGCCUGCUUAUCUCCCAAGUAGUGUGCAUCCAACACAGAGCCAGCUUCCCCUCGAUGCUCUUAGCAUGUACCAGCAGUACGUGUAUCCAAGCCAGAGCUCCCUUCAGCCGGUAGUGAACCCCAUGAACAUGCAUUCGUUCAGUUACAGUUUAACAGAGCAGAUGCCUGUAGUUUGGACAAAUGCCAAUACGCAUCUGUACUACUCCAGAACGCCAGGAAGUGAGCAGUGACUUUACCCAAUUUUGUUUGGUCAGCAUUUUAAAAAAAAAAAAAAAAAGAUACAAUCUCUUCAGCUCAGUUUGGUGUUUUCUUCUUUUAAUUCCAGAGCUCUGUCUAAUGUAAAUAUGACUUCAUAUCGUCAGUGUUAUCUUGUUAAACAAAUAAGUGUUUAUCUUCUGACCUAUGUCAAAGGUUGUAAGUGAGCUCACUACGAAGAGGUUUUCAGACUUGAAAAUGGUGUUAAGCUACCUCGUUUUUGUGCAUGCGUGAUUUCUUUUUUUAAUUGUGAUUUCUUUUUCUUUUUUUUCUUUUUUUUUUAAGUGGGCAUAUUUCAUGUUUGAUGCGUCUGUUCAAUGUAAAAUAUGUUUUAUUUCAUUGGUGUAUAUGAAUAAAAUGUAUGUUUUGUCUACUUUUUUACAAAAUAA